UUCUCUUGUGUCAUGGCUCUACCACCCACUCACCCACCUACCCACCCACCCACCACCAACAUCACCACUACAUCGGCAACACAAGCAGCGUCUUCAAGAGCCAGUUUGUGAUUCGUUAACUGUUUUAGUCAAAUAAUUUAUACAUUAUUGUUUGUAUUUUUUUUUUAAUCUUUUUCAAUUAAUUUUCAAUCACAUAUAUCGGCGUCGUUAAGUUGGAAGAAAAAAUGACUACUCGUCAUGAAAAAGAACGUGUUAAACAAAUACAAGACAAAUGUCAGGAUCUUCUCACUCAAAUGUUGAGAGAUGAGGACAACAAAUAUUGUGUCGAUUGUGAUGCAAAAGGACCAAGAUGGGCUAGCUGGAACUUGGGUAUAUUUUUGUGUAUUCGAUGUGCUGGAAUACACAGAAAUCUUGGUGUUCACAUCAGCAAGGUUAAAUCAGUUAAUUUAGAUACUUGGACGCCUGAACAAGUUGUGAGUCUUCAACAAAUGGGAAAUUCACGUGCUCGUGCUGUUUAUGAAGCAAAUUUACCAGAUUCAUUUCGUCGUCCACAAACAGACUGUAGUCUAGAAAGUUUUAUACGUGCAAAAUAUGAGCAUAAAAAAUAUAUUGCACGUGAAUGGGUACAAGCACCAUUACCAAAAGUUAAUUGGGAUAAAGAACUUGAUGAAGAAAGUGAAAAACAACGUAGAAGAAAAAAAGAUGGUAAUAAAUUACCAAUAAAUCAAAAUCAAUUACCAAUUAUUAAAAAAACUGAAAUUGUACCACAAUUACCAAAACCUAAAAGUUCAAUUAGUCCAAAACCAUCAAGAAUAACAAAUAAUUCAGCAACAUUAGAUCUUUUGGGUCUUGAUGUACCAACAAAUCAAACAACAACAAAUUGCUCAAAUUCUGGUGAUGAUAUAUUUUCAUCAUUUUUAUCAGCACCACCAAUAACAACAAUAGCAACAUCAUUAUCAUCAUCAUCAACAACAACAUCAGUAUCAUCAACAGCAUCAUUAUCAUCAUCAUCAUCAUCUGUUGGAUUAAAUGGAAACAAUGAUAAUUCAACAAAACAUCAUCAUCGUUUUCGAGACUGGAUCAAGAGCAUUUGUGUGGCUAAAUUAAUAUUGUUUAUAAAUUUUUUAAUAAAGCUAACAGAGAUAUUUAAAAAAUCAAAUGAUACUAGAUUUAAAAUGACAAGUGUUAAAUCAAUUAUGAGGUUAAUAUUAUUUAUAUUUAUGAUAGUUUUAAUUAUUCAGUUAUUACCAGUUACUGAUGCAUCAGAACCACUUGGUAAUCCAUAUGAAAUUCUUGGUGUAACAAGACAUGCUAAAUUGCAAGAUAUAAGAAAAGCAUAUAAAAAUUUAGUUAAAGAAUGGCAUCCUGAUAAAACUGAUCAUCCAGAUGCUGAAAAUAAAUUUGUUAAAAUAACAAAAGCAUAUGAGCUAUUGUCUGAUCCUGAAAGACGAAGAAAAUUUGAUAAUCAUGGAAUAACUGAUGAGGGUUCAUCAUCAAGACAAAGAUAUGAAAAUAAUUAUCAAAUGCCAGAUCCACUUGAAGAUUUAUUUGGUAAUAAUUUUAAAUUUCAUUAUCAAAGUCGUGAUGUAUCAUUUUAUCAUCAAAUGAGUAUAACAUAUCGUACAUAUGAAAAUAUUGUUAUAACAAAAAGUUAUCGUAAACCAUAUUUAAUAUUAUUUUAUUCGGAUUGGUGUUUUUCAUGUUUACAAGUUGAACCAAUGUGGCGUAGAUUAAUUGAUGAAUUAGAUCCAUUAGGUGUUAAUUUAGUAACAGCACAUGCUGAACGUGAACCAUCAUUUGCAAGAAGAGUUGGUGUACAUUCAUUACCAUGUCUUGCAUUAACAAUUGAUGGACGUACAAGUAUAUACAAAGAAUCAUUAUUUAAUGUUCAACGAAUUGUUGAAUAUAUAAGAAAUAAAUUUCCAUAUAAAUUAAUACCAAAAAUAAAUAAUGAUAAUGUUGAUAACUUUUUAUCAGGAUGGAUGGAUAAUAGAAUACGUGGUUUAAUAUUUGAAAAAAAAGAUACACCAAGAUUACGUUAUUUACUUACUGCAUUUUAUCAUAGAGAUCGUGUUGCAUUUGGUUUUGUACAAACUGGUAAAUUUGAUAGUGAUAAUAUAACAACAAAAUAUAAAUUAUCAAAUGAUUUAAAUACAUUAUUAUUAUUUAAUGAAAAUAUUGAAAAACCAAUGGCAUCAGUUAGUAUGAAAGAUAUAUCAAGUGAUACAAUGCAUAAUGUUAUAUCAAAUAAUAAAUUUUUAGUAUUACCACGUUUAUCAAAUCAAGCAAUGUUAGAUUCUGUAUGUCCACCAGAAUGGUUACGUCCACAAAAACGUUUAUGUGCAAUAUUAAUAUCACAAAAUAGUGCUGUACAUGAUUUAGCAAGAAAUAAAUUUCGUCAAGCAGCAUUAGAAUCACCAUACAGUACUGAUAAAGUUAGAUAUACAUAUGUUUAUAAAGAAACACAACCAGAAUUUGUAUCAGCAUUAUCAGCUGGUGAAGGUAGUCCAUUAGAGCCAUUACUUCAUAUUGUUAUUAUUUGGCGACGUGAUGCUAAUCAUUUAAAAUAUGAAUGGCUUUCAAAUUGUUGGUCAGAAGCAACAAAAGAUGAAAAUAAAUUAAAUGAAACAAGAAAAAAUUUAGAACAAACAAUACAACGUUUAUUAAAAGUCAAUGAAGCACUACCAUAUGCUGCUAAAGUUGAUGAACUUGCUGAUGAACAUGCACAAGGUACUGUUGGAAAAUUAAUUGGACGUGCAUUAUUAGCUGUUGAUUAUAUAUCUGAUAGUUUAACUAAAGAACAAGUAUUACCACUUGUAUCUGUUAUUGCAACAUUAAUACUUAUUUGUAUUGGUGGUUAUGGUAUGUCAUAUUUAGUUAAACUUGAAGAAAUAAGUGUACAAACUAAAAAAAAUCAAAAUAAAGAUUUAACAAAACCAAUUCAAUCACAGCCACAAUUACGUUUACAUGAAUUAAGAGCUGAAAAAUAUAAUGGUCUUGUUAGAUUAUUAAAACCUGGUUGUCGUACAAUUAUACUUCUUGUUGAUUAUCAAAGUAGACUUAAACUUGUGCCUGCUUUUCAUCGUGCUGUAUGGCCAUAUAGAAAAAAUAAAACACUUAUGUUUGGUCAUGUAACACUUGAACGUGGCUUGGAUUGGUAUAAAAAAAUAUUGUCAUUAAGUUUACCAGAACCAAAAGAAUUAAAUAUUAAUCCAAAAAAUUGUGUUGGUACUGUAUUAGCAUUAAAUGGUCAUCGUAAAUAUUUUUGUAUGUAUCAUGCUAAACAUCCAGAGUGUAGCAAAGGAAAAGGUACAAGACGAAUGGAAAGAAUUACAAAACAUUUAAGUAAAUAUUCUGAUGAUGCUGAAGCUGGUGCAUUUAUAGGCUUUGAUAGUUGCAGUGAUUCUGAAAUUUCACAAGAAGAAGAAGUAUAUGAUGAUGUUUUAUAUCAGGAUAAACUUCUUGAUGGUUUACCAAAUUGGCUUGACAGAUUAUUCGAAGGUUUGACACAACGUUAUUAUAUUAAUUAUUGGCCUGAUUUUACAGCCAAAUAAAAAGACAUUAAAUGUCAACGUAAAUGAUACGUGUAUGUCUUUCAAAUACAAAAAAAAAAAAAAAAUAAUAUAAAACUCAUCUUGACUCUAGUCAUUAAAAUACAAGAAAAAUUGUGUGGAGAUUUUUUUAAAAAAUACCAACAAGUCUAUAUAACUCACCAUAAAGACAUGAUGACAUUUAUGAUAAAAGCUUUUUUUUUUUUCUCUUUCAUUUUCUUUUUCCAAAUAAUAACGACAUUGUUAUUAUUUAUAAACGUAAUUAUUUAUCAUUUGAUGUAUAAGCUGACCGAGGACUAAAUAUAAACAGCAAGUUUUCUUGACUGAUUGAUAGACGAUUUCAUAAUAAAAUCAUUUUUUUUUUUUUUAAACAUCUAGUCAGUCUUGUAUUAUUGAUACUAUUAUUUAUUCUAUAUUUUUUUUUUGUGUACAAUUUUUUUUGUAAACUAUGCUAGUCAGUGUUAAGUGUUUACUAAAUUUUCAAAUUAAUAAUUAAUUUGACAAAAGCAUAAAAUUGAAGUGUUAUAAUUUAAAAAUAAAUAAUAUUUAUUUAAAAAAAAACAUAAAAAUGCAGGUAUAAAAAUAAUAAUAAUAAUAGCUAUUUAGUAUACACUUGAAAAAAAAAGUAAUCAUAAAUUAUAUUAAUUUAUUUGGCAGUUUUAAAAAAUUAAUUAUCGUUCAGUUCUUAUAAUAAUAGUACAUACUUGUAAUUUAUUUUAAAAAAUAAGUAAAAUUAAUCAUUUGAAAAUAAUGGCAUUUAAAGUUAAAAAAAAAAAAUAAUAAUUAAAAUUGACCACUGGAAUAGCUACAAUAAAAAAAAAUUUAUUUCAAUUACUUGCUAGUAAUAAUAAUUAAUAAUUAAGUUAUAAAUUAUUAUAAAUAUCUUUAACGAAAGUUUACAAAAAAAAAAACCAUAAUUUAGUUAGAAAAAUUAUAUUUAACAUUAAUAAAGUGUAAUUGAUAAAUUUUAUUUACACUAGAAUAAAUAAUAAUUGGAGGAAAUUUUUAAAUAAUUUAUAGAAUCAAAUAUUACUUGACAAUCUUUACCAAAGUAAUUGACGUAAAAAAUACUUAAAAAAAAAACAGAAAAAAAAUUACUAAAUAAUUAUUGAUUGUUAUCAAGUAUGAUUCCCCUCAUUCCUUGUCGUUAAUUGUUUUCUUCUUCGUCUUCUUUUCCUCUUUUAAAUUAUUAAUCUCCAUGAUUUUAAAAUACAAUAAAUAAUUAAAUUAAAUUAAUUGAUAUACGCUUGUCAAAAAUUGUUAAAAUAAAAAAAUCAACACUUACACGAUUUAUACAAAUUUAAUAUUGCACCAUGACUUGGUCUUUUGCUGAAAAUAGAUAAUAAAAAAUUAAUAAUUAAAAAUUGUAAACAUUUUUGUAUGUAUAUACUCUCAAAGAGCUGUAAUACGUAGACAAUUACCACCUAAAGAAACAAAAAAAAAAAUAAAAAAAUAACUUUAUACCAGUGUAAAAUUAAAACUGAUAAUUCCAGUUAAUUAGUAAUAAUUACAUGCAUUAAUUAAAUUGAUAAAUAUAUUAUACGCUAUUUAUACUGGUCAUUUGGCUUUUGUUAUACAUUUCGCACAAAUAAAUAAAAAUUGCGUAGAAAAAAAACAAACUUUAUUGAAUGCAAUUUUUAUCAAAAUAAAAAGAAAUAGUCAAAUUAAUAAUUGACAAUUCUCCAUAAAAUUAAAUAAACAUUUUUAUAAUGAUAAUAAUUAUAAAUAAUGAAAAUAACGAGUUCGAUGAAUUUUUCAUUCACAAUUUAUUAUUCAAAUUUAUUAUUACAUCUUGAUCGCAAAAAAAAAAAAAUUAAAAAAAACAAAUUUGCUUAUACAAUAUUGUGACGACUAAUAUAGUGGCUUGAAGAAAAAUUAUUAUUACGUAUACAUACAUCAAACUUCGUCAGUUAUAAUGCGAUUAAGAUUAUAAAAGAAAAAAAAAAAAAAAUGUAAAUACAAUU